AUGCUGUUCGGGGAGAUGACGUCUUUCGGGGAGGCCUGUGACCUAAUGUCCGUGGCGUUCGACUCUGGCGUGUCGCUCUUCGACACUGCGGAGAUGUACCCCGUGCCUCAGAGGGCGGAGACAAGCGGGCGCUCGGAGGAGUUCGUGGGGCGGUGGAUGAAGGCCCGGAGGAGGGAGGAGAUCACGAUCGCCACAAAGAUUGCUGGACCUUCUGGACAGAUGAGUUGGAUCAGGGGCGGCCCAGUGGCAUUGGAUGCGGCAAACAUCAAGUUGGCCGUAGAGGGCAGCCUAAGGCGCCUUGGAACAGACUAUAUUGACUUGAUGCAGCUGCACUGGCCUGAUCGGUAUGUUCCAAUGUUUGGAGACGUUGACUUCGAUCCUGCACGCUGUUUCAAGGUACUGCAGCACAUCGCAAGUAAAUGA